AGUCCACGACUAGACAUCCCACAAUGCAGCUCCCCCUGACGACCCUGCUGCUGCUGGCAGCGCUGUCAGCGCUGACCUCGGCCCAGAGGCUGGCCGGGCCCAACCCCAACACGGUCGACGAGUACGACUACGAGGACGGCGGCCUGCCCGCGCGGCCGCAGCCCCAGCCGCGCUCGUACGCGCCCAACCAGCCCCGCCUGAGCGCCUCCCAGCCCAGGCCCACCCCCGUGCCCAUCCUCAAGCAGAUCAACAGGCACAACGACGAUGGCUCCUACACGUACGGCUUCGAGGGAGCCGACGGCUCCUUCAAGAUCGAGACCAAGCUGGUGACCGGCGAGGUGAUGGGCAAGUACGGCUACGUGGACGACUCCGGCAAGGUCCGCGUCGUGGAGUACGGCGCCAACAAGUACGGCUUCCAGCCCGCCGGUGAGGGCAUCACCGUCGCCCCGCCCACCCUGGUGGACGAGACCCGCGUGCCCAAGGCGGGCGGCAGGCAGCAGCCCGGCAGCCACCUCAGCCACCUCAGCAUCGGCGCGCAGACGCCGUCCCUCGAGUCGCAGGAGGACAUCUACGACGACGGCCAGUACUACGAGGAGCCCGCCACCGCCGCCCCGCUGCGCGCCGGCCCCGUGCGCGCCCUGCGCCCCCAGACCCAGGCCAUCCCCAGGCCGCGCGCCCAGACCCCCCAGUACUUCGAGAACUCGUUCAGCGCCCCUUCCGCCCCCGCCCGAUCCUCGCCCAUCCAGAACAACUUCGCCCAGUUUACGCAGACGACCAGCUUUGCCUCCUCGCCCUCCUUGUCCGCCGCCAGGCCCCUGCCCGCGCCCAGGUACUCGUCGGCGUCCUCGCUCGGACCCGCGCCCGCGCGCGCCCAGGUCCCGGGCGCCGCGCCCGUCGGCCCCACCUACCGCGCCCUGCCCGCCGCCCCUGCGCCCGUCCGGGAGCAGCACCCGCAACAGGCGCAAGCCCUGUUCGUGCCGCAGUCCCAGCUGCCCGCGCUCGGCCAGCACUACGCCCCCGCUGCCCCCGCGCCCGCCCCCCUGCCCCGCCGGCCCGCCCACAGUGGAAGCGGCGGACUGCUGGACCAGCUUGCCAGGGACUACGCUCUCCCCCAGAACGCGGCCCAGCCCCUCGUCGACACCUCCUUCGGGGUGUACUAGACGCGUCUCUGCGCGGACCAACGGACUGAACAUAGACGCGAUGCUAGUGCUAGUGCCAAUACUACACUGCAUCUGCUCUACUGCCGGCGAGAACCGGGCGAUGCAGUGUUGCCACUGCCGGCGAGAACCGGGCGAUGCAGUGUUGCCAACGUGAACAGGAAUGUCGCACCAGGAUGUGGGGUGUUAAGCCAACGAGGUUGGCUACCCUGCGUGGGACUAUUACGCGCCUUUCCAGUACGGUUACAUUGCGGAGAGAAAACAGACCAGUUUGUAACACGUUAUCAAAAGACUUUAACAGUGGUUUUCUUUCACCACAGUGACUGCUCGCUUCCCGGAAGGGGUGGUUGGUAAAUACCCACCACCAGAAGAUGUAGUACAUCGGAGUGGCGUAGUCAGAAGCGAAGAAUGACAGCAGAUUGGUUGAGUCUUGCCUUGAUCCUAAAUAUAGUCUUAGCUCUCAAUUCUCAGCGAGAGCUAUGUGUAUUGUGAUAAGUUACCUACGAUAUAGGAAUAAGUUUUCAGAAUACGUGUAAUACAUGGUCUUUUAGUUUCAUUCGUCGUUUUGAAUGACACUCCCAAAGAUCUUGUGAAAUGCCUACGUCCAUGAACUUAAUAAACAUAAUUGUGAUAUUGACUUGCGAAAAAACAGAAUCAUACCAAUAUCUGCAAUUAUAUUCCGCUUAAAAUUUAUAAUUUAAGACGAUGUUUUAAGACACCUGUUUUACAUUCAGUAAUUGUUUUUUCCUUAUUUAUGUCUUGGUAUGCAACCCGAUAAAUAAAACGACGUUUUUGUUAUUACAAGAAA